UACACACUGUCCUUUGGCCUGGAUGACCUCAUAUAAAUCCCCUCCUGUUGUAAUUCACUGCCCACAGUCCUGCUGAUAAAAGCAAAGCUCAUCUCUGCCCUGCUGCAGGGAACCCUAUUUCCUUCCCCUGCAGCUCAGGCGCCUCCUCCUCUCAGGUCUGCCAGCCAUGAAAUUUCUUUUCUUGUUUCUUGCCAUCCUUCUGGCCACAGAAGUACCAGUGAUAUCAGGCAAACGCCACAUCCUUCGAUGCAUGGGUAACAGUGGAAUUUGUAGGGCCUCUUGCAAAAAGAAUGAACAGCCCUACCUCUAUUGCAGAAAUUAUCAGGCCUGCUGCCUCCAGUCCUACAUGAGGAUAAGCAUUUCCGGCAAAGAGGAAAAUACCGAUUGGUCUUAUGAGAAGCAAUGGCCAAGACUACCUUGAGUGCUGGUGAUUACCAUUCUCAACCUCUCUGGGCAGAGACCUGCUGUCAACCCCCCUCAUUAAAAUUCGUGUACCUGCUAC